AUGAACCCUGAUUGGUUGCAGCAAAAGACGGACGUGAGAUAUGCACCGCACUCGGCCCUGAACACGUACCAAGUCUGCCUCCCUCGUCCGCCAUCGCCAGAGUCUCUUGAGAAGAGGCUAUGGAUCAUCUACAUCCACGGCGGGGCAUGGUGCGACCCUGACCAAGACGCAACUACUUUCAAUCCAGCCCAAGAGGUUCUCUUACAAUCACAAAACAUAGAACAAAUCGCAGGCUUUGCGUCCAUCAAUUACCGCCUCGCACCGCACAGCAUCAAAAUUCCCGACCCAGAUGAUCCAUCACGACAUGCCGUCCAUCCAGAUCAUAUCCAAGACGUCCUAGCCGCUCUCGCCCAUGUGCAACAGACUUACCUAUUCGGCGAGCGAUACAUCCUCGUCGGACACUCGUGCGGAGCAACGCUGGCGUUUCAAGUUGCGAUGGAUCGCCAAUGGAGGGCCACAAAUCUUAGUAAUAAGAUAGUUUCACCUCUAGCGAUUCUCGCUAUCGAAGGAAUCUAUGAUCUCCCCGCACUAGUCGAGCAUAAUCGCGAGAUUCCCUACUAUCGCACUUUCGUCACGAGCGCAUUUCGAUCAGACGAGGCGGUCUGGCGAUCUGUCAGCCCGACAUCAGCGGAUCUGAAUGCUUCGUGGCCGACAGGAAAACUGGUAGUCAUUGCGCACUCCCGUGACGAUGAGCUUGUGGAAUGGCAGCAAGCAGAUCUCAUUCUGCAAUCCCUCCAGGGACAGAACUUCCACGAUUCAGGGGCUCGCAAGGCGAGAGUCCUAGAAUUGUCCGGCACACAUGAUCUCUGGCGUGGAGGCGUGGAAGUCGCUCGGGCAGUGGAAUUCACAUUGAAGGAAUUGACUUCUUCAUGA